AUGCACGAACACUCCGAGUCAAGGUUCAGCUUUCAAAGGUCGGGCAGGUGCUAUAAACUUGGCCGUCUGAAGCUGCAGAUGAGUCUUUCCAACAUGAAGCACCUGAGUGAGGAUCUCGUCCACAGCAAGUGCCAGCAGAGGGGCUUCAGCACCCUGGAGAAGACCCUGGCUGUGCUCUUUGUUCUGAUGACUGUGGCGUCUGUCGGGUUAGUCGUGCUGUACUUUGUGGACAGAGGAGCCCACCAUGAAGAUGAUGGGGCUGGUGGAUUGACAGACUCAGGAUGUGGGAGCCCAAUGCACCAAAAUGGACCUUCUGGCGUGAUCAGCAGCAUGAAGUAUCCCACCGAGUAUGAGAAUGACGCCCGCUGCUCCUGGGUGAUCACCGUGGACGCAGAUCAGGUGGUCCUGCUUUGGUUUGAAGACAUUUCACUUGAAGACACGAGUCCAUGUGCAGAAGACUCCAUCACUGUCAGAGACAGCCUGGGGCUCUUAGGAAGGUUUUGUGGACAUCUGAAGCCCAAGCCUGUGGUGUCCCUGGGGAACACCCUGCUCAUUUCCUUCCGAAGCGAUGAGAAGCAGACAGCGAGGGGCUUUAAGGCGUCUUACAAGGCGGUGGAGCCUGACAUGAUAGCAGAAAUAGCGGGUGCCGGUGGCGUCAUCCAGGGGGAUCAAGGACAGCUGCUGACUCCGGGCUUUCCUGCCAAGAAUUAUGAAGACAACGCCCUGUACCAGUGGAAGAUCAGCGUGGCCGCCAAUGGGAGAGUGAAGCUCAUCUUCGAUUCCUUCGACUUGGCACCGGCCAGCUGCUUGGACUAUGUGGACAUAUUUGAUGGGCAUCUCAAGGGCUCUCAGCUGCUUGGUCGCUUCUGUGGAUCCACCAAACCUCCCAUCCUGCUCUCCACUGGCAACACCAUGGUGGUCCGCUUCGUCUCAGAUGCCUCGGACACAGCCAAGGGCUUCAGCGCCACCUUCAGCCUCUACCUGCCGCCGCCACCAGCCAGCACACCGGCCCCCAUGACAAGUGUUCCACCGCAAGUGGGUAAGAUAAAUCCCUGCUACUCAGGUUGUGACAGCAGCCUCCUGCAGUUCGGCCACCGAGGGGUCAUCCAUUCCAAGAACUACCCCGGACCGUACCCCACUGACCUGCGCUGCUCCUGGAACAUCACCGUCCAGCAAGGCCUCCUGGUGAGGCUCACCGUGACGGAUCUGGCUGUCGCCAGCGAUGCUGGUCAGUGCAAGGGAGACUGGCUGGAAGUGCUGGACGACUUGGACCAGUUAGGCUCCCACUGUGGGCACGCUCUGCCUCCGGUCCUUCUCAGCUACAGCAACAGGAUCUCCCUCAAGUUCCAGUCGGACCAGCGGCUGUCGGACCGCGGAUUCUCCGCCAUUUGGGAGGCCAUUCAUCCCGAGGAUAUUGAAGAGAUUCAAGGCUGUGGAGGCUACUUUGACACCGAGGUGGGCGUCAUCAAGUCCGCCAACUGGCCCCUGAAGUACCCAGGGAACAGAAUGUGCACGUGGAUACUCAACGUCCCUACUGGGAAGAGGAUUACUCUGAAUUUUACAUACUUUGAUCUGGAAGAACAAGACCUAUUUACAAAGAAAUGCUUUGAUAACCUCGUCGUUUUUGAUGUGUCAUCUUAUGGCACAAGAAAAUAUGGGCCAUAUUGUGGGAAUCAGUGGCCACCUGCCAUUUUAUCAGUGGAAAACAAGCUGGUGGUCCGUUUUCACAGUGAUCUCUUCACGGAAGAAACCGGCUUCAGAGCCUUUUGGACCACAGACCCGUUGUCACCAGCACCUACAGAAGAAGCCCCUCAGCCAAACCCCUGGGAUGACAUCCUCAUAGAAUGGCCAUCUGAGUGUGGAAAGCCCACCAUCGCUCCACAAGUCAACACCCGAAUUGUGAACGGCGAGCCCGCCCGUGCCCACUCCUGGCCUUGGCAGGUGUCCAUGCAGGUAAGCCGAGACACCGCCAGUCAAAAUGAGAUGAUUUUCUUCCAUAACUGUGGUGGGACUCUCAUUCAUAAGAGUUGGGUCCUGACAGCGGCUCAUUGCUUUAUUCGGUACGCCGAUGAGCUCCACCGCUGGAGAAUGUGCCUCGGCAAACACAACCUGACGGUCGAGGAGCCUGGCGAGCGCUGCUAUGGUGUGCUGGGUAUCUACCGCCAUGAAGCCUUCCAGUACCCGGAGGUGCCAACUGUGGAGUAUGACAUCGCCCUCGUUAGGCUGGACGGAGAGGUGACGGCCAGCGCCCACAUUGGCUUUGCCUGCCUGCCACCCGCUGACGAGGUCCUGGCUUCUGGAAGAAUGUGCUACGCCACCGGCUGGGGUGACGAAACUGGGAACUCAUUGGCUCCGAAAGUCGCAGAAUCGCUCAACCAGGUGGCACUCCCCAUCAUUCCCUUUGAGAUCUGCAAGAGGGUGGACUACUGGUGGUUUCAAGUGAAGAGGUCCAUGACCUGUGCUGGCUACACCCUGCCUGAUGAGCUGAAAUCUGUCUGUCAGGGUGACUCUGGAGGUCCUUUUGUUUGCCAGUCCAAUAACAGUCUAUGGGAGGUCCACGGCAUCACCAGCUUUGGCCCCAUAGGGUGCAUCAUGAACAAGAAGCCAAGCGUCUUCACCCGUACUUCAGCCUACCACAACUGGAUGGAGCAGAUCAUCAAGAAGAACAUCUACGAUCUAAAAUCGUCCGGUUGUGGGGGUGCCAAGGAUCUUGAUGGCUCAUCAGGCAGCAUCGCCUCCAUGGGGCACCCUCUCUACUACAGCAACAAAGGCAGCUGCACGUGGCACAUCCGAGUCCCGACUGGCAAGCUGGUCCACUUGCAGUUCAGUAACUUUUCCCUGGAGGACAGCAUGAUGUGCGUCAACGAUCGGCUCUCCAUCUCUGAUGGCAUCGGCACCCUGGGAGUCCACUGCAGAAACAGCAAGCCAGCGGAUGUGAUCAGUAUUGGGAACCUCUUGACCGUCACCUUCAAUUCCAAUGACAAGAUUGUCGACACAGGAUUUCUGGCUCUCUGGAAGGCAGUGGACCCAUCAGCUGUUCCCAAUAUAGCUGGCUGUGGUGGCUUCUUCACUAGCAGUCAAGGAGAGUUCAUGUCACCAGGCUGGCCCAAUGGCACGUAUCCCACCAACAAGAUCUGCACCUGGCACAUUUCUAGGGACCCAGCUGAGACGAUUCACGUCACGUUUACGGACUUCGAGCUCCAGGGGGCCAACCUAAAUGGCGAUUGUGUGGACUAUGUGGAUGUGUACGAUGGAGAUGGUGAAAAUGCCCAAAAGUUAGGUCACUUUUGUGGACUUACGAUCCCUCCUGCUCUGUCAUCAAAGAACGGCACCAUGGUGAUCCGCUUCUUCAGUGGAAGUAAUGGAGUGAAGAAAGGCUUCCGAGGAUCCUGGACAACAAACCUGCAACCCAAAGCAAUGCAGCCUUGGGAUUCAAUUUCAAUCGACUGGCCAAAGGACUGUGGCAUCCCUCAUGUCCCUCCCUCCACCUCAGCAUUGAAGAUCGUGAAUGGUGAAGAGGCCAUCCCAAACUCCUGGCCCUGGCAGGCCUCACUGCAGAUCCGUCUUUUGCCCAUUUUCCCUGUCCAGCACUCCUGCGCCGGCUCCCUCAUUCAUGAAGAAUGGCUUCUCACAGCUGCCCACUGCUUUGCCCAGAUGCCAAACACCAAAUUGUGGCGAGUCUGUCUGGGGAAGCACAACAUGACAGCGCUGGAGCCCACCGAGCAGUGUGUGGGCAUUGAUGCGGUCAUUCGUCACGAGAAUUUCCUCUAUCCUGACUUCAAGGACAUGGCCAACGACAUCGCUCUGGUUCAUUUCAGCUCAAAAGUGAACAUGACUCAAGAAAUCAGUCCCAUCUGUCUGCCAAGUGCCACAGCUUCUCUGCAAGAAGGCGAAAUGUGUUAUGCGACCGGCUGGGGUGAUGAAAAAGGUUCCACGUUCCUGUAUGUAUCCAAGACGCUGAACCAAGCUGCAUUACCCAUAAUUCCCUACGACACUUGCAGUAAGCCGGAAUACUGGGGGGACAAGGUACAUCCAUCCAUGAUCUGCGCUGGCUACGAAUCACCAGAUGAGCUCAAGUCGAUCUGCCAGGGUGACUCAGGAGGACCUUUGGCCUGCCCAUCGUCGUUUAACAGGAAACUGUGGGAAGUCCAAGGAAUAUCCAGCUUCACUGAAAACGGUUGUUUGGUGGAGAAAAAACCUUCUGUCUUCACCAGGGUCUCCUUUUAUAUUGACUGGAUAGAAGACAACAUUAAGAAAUUCAUCUACAAUAAAACCGCAUCCUCAUAACGCUGAAUGACACUCAUCUGGUUUGACGGUGGACGGCUUGAUCCAAGAGCGCCACCCAACAGAAGCCAGCGGAUUGAAUGAUGCAUCCUAGUGGAGCUGAAAAUCCAGAUUACCCAGAGACUCUCAGCAUGUGCUAGGAAGUCCACCAACACCGAUGCCAGGGGACUAUGGGAAACACGGU